AUGGAAUCAAUGUAUGAUCAUGAAAUGCAUUUACGUUAUGAACGUUUGCCGGAAUCAUUGAAAAUUUUGAGGACAGUUAGCCAGAAUGCAGUAACUCUAUUCCUGGACGUGAUCCUAAUCAAUCCGAAGCACUUCCAAAAAAUUCUUCAAAACUACUUAGAUAUUAAUGGUUUGUGUGAUGUCAGUGUGUGUAUUGUUUGUAUGGGUCAUCCUCAAAUACCUCAUCCAUCCUCAAACACCUCAUCUUGGUGGUAUGGACCAUACAAACUAAAAGGGGAGGAAAACGAAUGGCUACAAUGUGAAUUCCAAGCAGGAGAGCAGCACGAUGACGAAGGAACGGAGAGAAACCAGUGGAUUGAUGCUAAUUUGAUUACUCAAAUAGCCAAGAGACAACAAUUUUCGUUCAUAGACGCAAGCCGAUUCAGUAAAUGGUCUAAACUAAUAAAGUAA